AAGAGCAGAAUGAGGGUGGGAGGAAAGUUGGCAGUGGGUGUGAAGCAGGGCUGGUUAGUUAGUAGUAGAGGAACCAGCCAUGGCCCACCCCUGAGGUGGGGUGAAGCAAUGCCAGAGGCGGCAGGCAGGCUGUGUGGCACGGCGGCAGGGCAGGGCGGCACUUCCCAUUUCGCCUCAAGUGGCAAAAUGGGAUGCGCCUGCCCUUACAGGAACAGUAAUAUAGAAGGCCAGUGUUGCAUACGAAACAAAGCAACAGAAAAGAGAAAGAGGAAUUGAAACCCUAUGCUUAUGUACAUCAAGUGAUUAUAUAAGCAUUGUUUAUCAUUUAUGUUUAAGAAAUUAAUUGCAUGACACUACCUACUUCUCAUUUGGCUAGGCUAGAGGUGGAGUAUUCAGAUAUAUGUUAUCCGUGGUGGCAGCAGGAAUAAAGCUGUUAAUGUAGAAUGCUGCUUUACUACUUUAAAUGUGUGAGGCAAAUGUGGCCUAAGGACAGGUCAGUGUUCCAUUCUGGGUAGGGGGUCGUGGGCUGAGCAGUUCCAGCCCCAGUGGUGUGUGGGUGUGGGUGUGAAAAAGAUAAUGAGUAUACCAAAUAAUAUCCUGGAAGUCCAAUUUCAGUCUAGAAAGUAAGACUGGGCCAACUGGGAGUCAGGCUCCAGGAGUGCAAAGUCAAUAAGCAGAGAGGUCCAGUGGAACAAAGUCAGGCUGAGCUCCAAUGAGACUAUUCAGUGAGUCAGAGUGCAGAGUUCACAGAAAAUUCAGGGAAAGAAUACAUCAAAUUUAGAGAAGGCAAAAGAAGCAAAGAAGGUAACAUCCUGGACAGCUCAGAAUGUAAGUGAAGCCUAUGUUUAAAAGAACCCAGCCAGUUUCAGGAGCUAUUGACUCCAGUGGCAUUGGGGGUGAAAGGGGUGCCUACUGGAGGGCCCAAGUAAGCCCCCCCCAGUCAAUUACAUGACGCAGUGCAUGUGACUAUUUGAAUGGCAAUGCCCACCAACUGGGGGGGGGGCAGCCCUCUCAAGUAUUUUAUUGCGGGGGGAAGGGACCUUGUCUUCUAGAAUUUGGCUCCCAUGGCCGGGGCGGGGGUUCUGUACUUUUGCUGAGGGCUUUGAGUCAGUGAGACCUUAGCCACAUCCACACCUUAAAACCUAUUCAGUGCACAAUUAAAGCAAAUAGCUUUCCCCAAAGGCUUCUGGGAACUGUAGUUUACUCACCACAGAAGUACAACUCCCACCACCUUUCACAAACAACAGUUUUCAGGGUUCUUUAGCAAAAAAAGCCAUGAGCUUUAAAAGUAUGGCGUGGAUGUGGCCCCCUGAGCUGAAGAUGCACUGACAACACAGAUUCUACUAGUGCUGGAGAUUCGAAGAAGGUUUUUGAAGGCAACUCCUCUUCCCAGUCCCCUCUUGCACAUGCACAUGCCUCCAACUUCUCCUCUUGACCUUUCUCUUACACAGCCACUUGUCCAGAUGCUGGCUGCUUGCAGAGGCACACAUCUCCAACUUCUCCUCUUGACCUUUUUCUUCAUAUGGAGUGAAGAAAUCUAUCAGCAGCAACUCUCACCUCUCACCUCAAGCCUGUAGUUCAGCCUUCUCUGAGGCACUUUUUUCCUCCUCAAGCUCUCCCAUGUCUCCCCCACUGGCUGGCUUCUGAACAAUCAAAGGCUCUUUCUACUGCACUGCUGACUGCAAUUCUUUACAAGUUCUCCAGCUGCCCAUCUGCUCAUGCAGUGUUCCCUGGAAAGAGGGGUUGAUUGUUAAACCACUCUUUGGGGGGGGGGCAAGGGUCUCCUAACAAUUCUCAGCACCCUUAAAAAGUUACUGUUCCCAGGAUUCCUUGGGGAAAGAUAUAAAGUGUUCAAAGUGGUAUGCUAUCUAGGGCUUGCUGAUCAGAAGGUUGGUGGUUUGAAUCCCCACGACGGGGUGAGCUCCCGUUGCUCAGUCCCUGCACCUGCCAACCUAGCAGUUUGAAAGUAUGCAGUGCAAGUAGAUAAAUAGGUACCGCUCCGGCGAAAAGGUAAACAGCAUUUCCGUGCGCUGCUCUGGUUUGCCAGAAGCGGCUUAGUCAUGCUAGCUACAUGACCCGGAAGCUGUACACCGGCACCCUCAGCCAGAAAAGUGAGAUGAGCUCCACAACCCCAGAGUUGUCCACGACUGGACCUAACGGUCAGGGGUCCCUUUACCUUUACCUUACUGCUUUAAAUGUACAGUGCAAAUGGGGCUUAUUAUGUUUAAACUGAGAUGGAUGUCAUUAUAUUUUUAAUGUGAGCUUUUGAUGUUUUCUUUUUCUUUUGUUGUUAAACUUCUUGUAUAAAACAAAACAACUAGUUGCAUGUGUGAGAGAGAAUUCAACAAGCAGGUCCAAUUUUUCUCAUCCCAGCGUAAGCUGCCGGUGGUUUUAAAAAGCCUCCUUUUAUUAACACGGCAGUUCAGGGCCCUCUCUUCUUUGGCCUCUGAUCUUGCUGGCUUUCCAGUUCGCUCAUUUUCCCACCCCCUUCCAGUAGCCACACUUUCUGACUCACACAAUCUGUUCUAGUCCGCCCCCCUCCCCUUGAGGGCUGGGCUUUCUUCUCAGACUCUGUAUCAGAUAAAGUUACACUUCUGUACUUUAUAUAUUCAGCUGUUUAGUUGCCAGUUACCUUCAAAGCAGCUCCAUCGCCUGCUGGGCUCCCUGCUUUUCUACUCUUUUCUCCACUGGUCAUUUCAUCCCAGUCUAAAUAAUACUAGGCAUGGAUCUCCCAGCACUUCUUUUUUACCUGGGCACAGGUAAGUGAUAACAGCAAGGGAGUCUGAGGGUGUGAACUCGGGUGGGUGGGUGCUCAUCCAAAUCUUUUAAAAAGCAACCUGCUCGGUCCAAAUUGAGAUCAGAAAAAAACAAAGUGUAUCUAUUUCUUGUGAAACCUACUUGCAAAACAAUAACCCUGUAUGGUAGUCAAAGUUAUUGUCUCUUUGCAUUCUACGGAAGCAGCAUUAAAAAAAAGAAGCAGCUUCCUGCUACUUCUUUUCACCUGCUUGAAACGGCUUCAUUGUUUGAAAUAAAUUUGCUCUAGCCUCACUUGCUCCACAAACACACAAUUCACGCAAUGACCGUGCUGCGGAGUAGGGGCAACUCUGACCUUAACUCUGUCCUUUGUGUGUUCUCUCCAUCCAAGAGAGAAGCUAUGUACAAUCAAAUGAAUAGAAUGUGAGAAAAACUGGGCAAUUUUGAUGAGAACUGGAAAGUUUUUUUAAACAAAAAACAAAAAUUGGCCCUGUUUGUAGCAACCUUUUGAGAUUCCUGUAGGAAUGUAAAUUUGAAUUACUGUAAAUAAUUUCCUUCAGCAUGCAUUCCCCAGACCAAUUGCUUUCAGCUCCAUGAGGACUUGCCUUUGCCUUUAGUAUUUCAUUACAUGCGCCAGGGAUAACCAAUGUGGUGCCCUCCAUAUGUUGUUGGGCUCCAACUCCCAUCAGUCCCAGGUAGCAUCAUCCCAUGGAUGAUGGGAGUUGUUGUCCAGCAAAAUCUGGAGGGCCAACCAUGCUGUUAACUGCCCUGCCUUAACACAUUGUCUUCAGACUAGAUUGAAGUCUGGAUCUGAGCCUUGACUCAAUUCCAAUGCUGAGCAACAAUAGUAAUUGUUCUGGGUUAAUUAACCUGGAGGGGUUGCUUCAGUUGCCUCAGACUUUUCCAUAAGGACUUUAUUAUUUGUCUCAUGACUGUUGCACCACAGCAUACUAUAACCAACUAUUGGUAUUCCUUGGAUACAGAUUUGAGGCUUGGCUGGAAAAACUUUGGGACUUGAUUUUCAUGGGCAAAUUGACAAAUGUUCGUUUGUUACAGAUGCCUUUUAUCCAACUUGAUUUAUCUUUAUUUCUUACGUAUUUCAAAAUAAGCAUGAAAGAGGCCUACAGCAUCUCAUGGAGAUCUAUAGAAAUAAAGCUUCAACUAGUAUGUGUAAUGAUGAACUAUCUAAACACCUUACAGUAGUAACUUUGAUGUACUCUCUUGUGGGGUAUGGGUCCCCACUUUUCUUGUUGUAUCUGGAAAAGACAAAUUUUUUUUUAAAAAAAAUCAACCUGGAAUGGUGUGUGUGUGUGUGUGUGUGUGUGUGUGUGUGUGUGUGUAAGUGGUGUACUGAGAAUCCCUUUAACUCUUGCAGUGCUGGUGUCGUGGUGUUGUGGAUUUAGCGUGGAUGUGGCUACACCAACCAUCUUUCAGAUAAGAACUCAGAGCUUUGGGAGCAGCGUGGCACAGACCAGGAAUGAGUAAGAGGAAGCUGAUUUGGUGAUUUGGUGUCAGGGAAAACAGGGGAGGAGGGCUUGGAAGGAAGAUGAAAAAAUGGCAAAUGGCACUGGGGAACAAAAACAGCAAGGCCCUUAAUUGGCAACACUUUUUGUAUGCAUUGUGAUAUUUUCAGUGGCCUGACCUGACCCCUAACUUCCUAGGCUUUCCUACCUUACUUGCAUCCUAUAUUUCUUCAGCUCCACCACCCACAGUUGCUUCACGUUUUUCCUUUUUUCCUGAAUGACUGUUAAGAUUCUUUCGUGCUAUUCUGUCUAUAGGGAUGGAUGAAUCUGUUCAUUUCAAUUUCUGUUUCUCAAUUCUCCAAUCUUAAAUUCUGUAGCAGUCUACAUAUCUAUCUAUCUCUAUCUAUCUAUCUAUCUAUCUAUCUAUCUAUCUAUCUAUCUAUCUAUCUAUCUAUCUAUCUAUCAUCUAUCUAUAUCUAUCUAUCUAUCUAUCUAUCUAUCUAUCUAUCUAUCUAUCUAUCUUCAACACUAUGGUGCAAAGUUCUAAUAAUCACAUUUUCCCAUGCAGCUUUGACUAAUACUAGGAAACAUGUAGUGCAUUUGAACUGCAUUUUCAUGAAUGUGUGGCUUUUUAUGCACACUUCCCCCUUUUAUAUGCAUUAUUGUGCAUGUUGGGAUAGAUUCAACUAUAUAGUUGCACUGGUGGGAGUCAGUGCAACAAGUCCUGAUAGUGUGAUGGUUCUUUCCCCUCUCUUCCUCCAUACCCCCCCCCCACAUUGGCUCAGAGAUGGGGUUGGAAAACCCCCAGAACAGUGUGUGGAGUGAGGAGCGGGAAGAGAGUUCCAUCAGGCAAGCAAAAAUGCUCACACUGAUGGAGUUAUUUCCUUAGUGCUACUUUGAAUUCUACCCAUUACUUAAAUGGAGGACUGCAUUGUGAAAUUUUGAGACAUGUGAAUUGUGAAGGAUAGCUGUAUUUCAGUCCAUGUAUUGGUUCAAGAAAUGUGAAUUAGGUCAUUUCUUAUUAAAAUGCAAAUUGAAUGUAAUUUCGCUCACACCCCUACCUGUAUGCAUGGAAUCCCCCCCCCACCCAUACUUCCCUCUCCCUCCCAAGCCCACCUUGUCUGAGCAGCUUUUGGCCUGAUGCCUUAGUGCUGUUUCUCAGCUGAAGCAAAGUAACUGGUUUGGCUCAAGUUCAUUCUUUGUUUUCUUGGCUGGCCACUCCCUUCUCUCCCUUCUCUCUUUGUUGUCUCGUGAGCUCCUUUUGGCAGAGCACUGUCUUUUCUUUCUUUGCUUAGGGCAGGACUGGGGAGCCCGUGGCCUUCCAGAUGCUGCUGAACUACAACUCUCAACAAGCUCCAGCAAACAUGACCAAUGGUCAGUGGUGAUGGGAGUUGCGGAAACAUCUGAAGGGCCAAAGGUUCCCCACACCUGGCUCAGGUUACAUCAUAAAGUGUCACUGUAUAGAUACUAAUCACCUGCCUAUUGCCCCCCUCACCUCAGGGUGCUUGUCGGUGCCCCACUUCAGCAUGGACGAGUGAACGAAAUUGGUAAACUUUACCGGUGCACCUACAGUUCAAGUGCCUGUACGGAGAUUAGCAUCCAACGUAGGUAACUUCUAAGUUUCAAAUGAAGCUGGUCCUAUCUGGGAAAAGCCAAAUGGUGGCUCAGGUUCUCUCAGAGAGAGGGGAGAGGGAGGUAUGGGGUCAGGGUAGCCUGGGCUUGUGGUCGCUGUUGCAGGAGUGAGUAAGGUUUUUUUUUUACAGAAUUUGGGACUGGAUUGUGUGAGAGAGGUAGGAUGUCUGAGUUUCAGUUCAAGAGAAGUGAGAUCUUGUGGGAAGCGACAAAGAGGAGGAAGUGAGACUAGUUUCUAAAUUGUAAGGCUAUAGUAGCCUGAGGUCAGAGCGAGACUCUCAGACAUUUUCCUACGGAUCUGAGAUUGCUAUAAAGCUGCCUUUGCCAACCUGAUGACCACCAGAUGCUGUUGGACUCCAGUGCCCAUCAGUCCCAAUCAGAAUGGUCAGUGGCCAGGGAUGACAGGACUUGCUGCCCAACAGCAUCUGGAAGGUACCAGGUUGUCUCCCCCUGUUUAUCUCUGUUUCCAUUUCCCCAUGCCCUCUGUUGUUUCCUUGCACCUGUUUUUAGACUGUAAGCCGCUUAGGGCAAAGACCUAUCAAUCUACCUCAGUACUGUCUGGUAGCUGCUGUACAGGGUUUCAGAGAAGGUUCUUUGCUAGCCCUACCUGGAGAUGCUGGGGAUUGAACCUGGUACCUUCUGAGUUCAAAGCAAAUGCUCUGCCACUGAGUUAAUAUAGUUGUUCUUCUCCCUUCUUAACGAUUAAUAAUCUCAGCAUGAUUACUAUUAUUUCUUUCAGGGCCUAUAGAUGCUGUCAAUAUGUCCCUUGGUCUGUCCUUGGUUGCCAGGGAUUCUCAAAUCUUGGUAAAUUCUUCUCUCUCUCUCUUUUUUGGCACUCUGGUGGGAAAUCAGCAUUGUUGGAGGGAAAGAAUUGAGUUUGAAUGGGCCCAGAUUAAAAUCCUCUCCUAGUCAAAUAGCAUACUCAGCAAAUUUGAACAUAUCAUGAAAACUCUCUCUUUGUUCACUUGGAAGGUGUGCGGCCCCACAGUACACAGGGCCUGUGGAACAAACAUGUAUCUGAACGGCUACUGUUUCCUUCUGGAUCAAAAGCUCCAAAAGUUCCAGCAAUUUCCAGAGAUCUUACCAGGUGAGACCUUGGGAUGAGUGAAUCUGUCAAUUGCUCUUGGACUCUCAAUUUGCAAAUUUCAAGUUGAGUUCUCCUUAUUUCCAUAGUGCACACGUGUGUGUGUGUGUGUGUGUGUGUGUGUGUGUUUGCGUGUUUCAAAGUCCUUAUGAAAAAAAGUCAGCAUUUUAGCGUAGAUUUCUCCUAAUAUACAGUGGUACCUCGGGUUAAGUACUUAAUUUAUUCCGGAGGUCCGUACUUAAUCUGAAACUGUUCUUAACCUGAAGCACCACUUUAGCUAAUGGGGCCUCCUGCUGCCGCCGCACCGCCAGAGCCCAAUUUCUGUUCUUAUCCUGAAGCAAAGUUCUUAACCUGAAGCACUAUUUCUAGGUUAGCGGAGUGUGUAACCUGAAGCGUGUGUAACCUGAAGCGUAUGUAACCAGAAGCGUAUGUACCCCGAAGUACCACUGUACACAUUUUUGCAAGCAAUUUUACCUAUUUAAUGCAUUUUACAUGUUAUUUUCAUUCAUAUAUGUAUUUUUAUGCACACUUUCCCGUAAUAUACACAUUUAUGUACACAUUGCUUGGUUGGAGAACUGCACUGCAAAAUUUGGAGAAGUGCAAGUUUAGAAGGAUUGCAUGUUUUGGUUUGCAAUUGUUUCAGGAAGUGAAAAUUAAGUUGGUUUGCUUAAUAGUCCAUAGGAUUGAAGUUGUGCUGAUCCUAAUGAAUUGGGUAUUAAGCUAUUUAUUGUUGAACUUUGGUGUGCGCAUGUGUGUGUGUAAGAAUGGAUCAACUCAGCUGCCUGCAUUUUUGGACUCUCCUUUGGGGAGUUCAUAAACUCUCUUUGGUGGUGUGGCUGCGGGGGGCUGUCAUGAUGAGCUUUCAGAAUUUACCACCACACCACUGGAUAUAAGGUAGAUUGAAAUGUUCCUUUAUGUAUCCCCCAGAAUGCACUACCCACCCAACAGAUAUUGUGUUCUUGAUUGAUGGCUCAGGCAGCGUCAGUAACCAGGACUUCGAAAGAAUGAAGUGGUUUGUCUCUGAGGUCAUCAAGAGGUUGUCUGGCAGGAACACGCGGGUAAUGGACACGAGGGGGGUGCUGGAGGGCACCAUCAUGCAAUCUUAUUGUGUUUUGGGAGGUCAGUCCUUUCCUGGGGGGAGGAAGACCAGCACUGGCCCCAUGUAGGCACCUUCUGUUAGCUGUGGGUAUUGGCAACACUUCAGUUCCUUAUAUAAAACCUACAUUCCUGGCUCCACCAACUAGUAGGAGGGCUUUUGCAAGUGUACUAAAUGCAUUAUUUUAAGCAUGAGAGUUUUUUUGUGAGUGCAAAGCCCUCACCCACAGAUAAGGCUGCCUGCUGCAUCUUUGAAUGAAUCUUCAUUUCAGUCUUGCCUCCUUCCAAAGGUUUUUCCGUUGCACCAUUGACAUCCACCAGUCAGUCCCAGUGCAGAGGCACCGCAAAUCUCUCUCCUUGGAGAAGGCUGUCUCUUGCAUAUCUGCAUGAGUUGCUAGUUUGAGUUGGUGGUUUUUAGGUGGGUUGAGGAGUUGUAGCCAGAAUAGUGACAUGUAGAAACAUAUUGGCAGUGGGCUCUUUUGAGAGCAGACAGUUUGUUUCCUUACUCUAAAUGUAAUCCUUUGGGGUGUUAGAGUGAAACUGUGUCUCCAAUUUUAUACAGAAAACAAACUAGGUUUGGGACGUGCCUGCUGUGUGCAGACACAUAACUUAAAAAGUGGUUUAGAGAAUUCAGAAUGUGCUUUGAACUCUGGGUGAGAUCCAGUUAGUCAUGCUCAGAGUAGACUCGUUAAAAUCAAAGGAUCUAAGUAGCAUGCAUGGCGUUGCAUUGCAUUCUCUUUUUAAUGUUCAUGUGGCUGUCAUAUGUUAUCAGUGAACUGAAAGCUGAUACAUGCUAGAGCUGCAUGCCAGAUGAUCUGUCACUGCCACAUCUUUACCCCCACAAUUCUCAUGUUUGGGUUUCUUCCAUCUUGAUAGAUUGAAUGGGGCCAGCAUACAGAAUUACUGGCUUCCUGAUGUGACAUUGAAAUGUGUCUGCAGUGGCAAAACAUCCCAGAGUUUCCUUGGCAAAGUUCAUGUACAUUCAAGUUAGGGUUCUUCCAGAUAGGGACAUAAUAUUGCAAACAGAUUGUUAAUAUAUUGCAGAUGGAUUGAUAGCAACAAGUUUGUUUUUAAUUUAAUUUAUUUUCUAUGGAAAGAGUAAAUCCUGAUUAAAUGGCGGUGGGGAUAUGGACUUCAUGUUGCACAGAUAUUAUGAAAAACUUGCAUGCAUGAAGAACACCCUCUGUGAUACAGCAGAAGCCACAGGUGGGAUUUUUCCUAAGCCUAUUUUUCCUAUUGGACAAAACUGCAAGGAGCCUUUAAAGCCAUAGUGAGAAAAUCCAUGAUUGCAACUUUCAUCAUCCCAUGCUAGCUAGGACUGAUGGCCAUGUGAGUCCAACAAUACCUACUUUAAAAUUAAACUCCCUCCCUGCAAACAGAAAGCCAGCAUAGCAUUCAAAGGGCUAGGUUAGAAUCUUUCUUCCAGCUGUGCUCAUAUUUUGUUUACUGGGUGCUCUGUGUUUGUGUUCACAAUCAAAAGUGGAAUCCCCAAAUUUGUAGCCUGAAAGUGGUACAAUCCAUUUUGCUACCUCAUUCCACUUCCAAGUAUAGAACCAGCUCAACAUUACCUGUUUCUCUGUGCAAUGCAGCGGCGGAGGAAGCCGUUCGGGCGCCUGGGGCGGCACGCCCAGGGGCAGGGUGAGCCGCCCAUAGGGGCGGGGCGCACCGUGGGGCCUCCAGAGUCUGCCUGCCUCCUCCUACUCAGCUGCCCACAGCUGGGGGGGGGGGAAGGCAGUGGGCAGACUGUUUGGACAGUGCAGAGCCUGCAUGCGCCCAAGCCACCACGUCUCUCCCAAGAGAGAUGCAUGGCUCGGGCGCACUGCAGGCCCCGCAGUGAGUGCCACCCAGCAUUUUGUCACUCCCCUCAAUGGUGGCACCUAGGGCAGCCUGCACCCAUCUCACCCCCCUUCCUCCACCCCUGGUGCAAUGCCACCACAGAGAAUCACUUUUUGGGUAGGCUACAAUGUCUGUUAGCAGGACACUCUGUUAACCAGCCCUCUGUCACUUGUGAAUGCAAGAGGGAAAGGGGUGUUUUUGCUGUUGAUGAAAGUAACUGGUUUCCCGCCCAGCUGUGAACCCUUAGAUUCAGUGGCAAACAGCGGGUUUUCUGGUGGGAAACUGCUGGGACAAAAAAGAAAAAGAAAAAAAAGAAACCGCUCAUACCUAUGUCUACAAAUCACAGACCUGUGCCUAGAACCUGUGGCACAAAUGGAAGUGUGGAUGAGACCUUAACCUAUCACACUCUGAGGGGCUUGGCCUGCUACUUCAGCCAGCUCCCAGGUUUCACUCACUAAGGGUCUCUUACAGUGCAAUCUACUAUGUUCUAAUCAGAAGUAAUUGUCUUGUUGAGUUCAGUGGGGCUUCUUCCCAGGUAAGAGGGUAUAGGAUUGCUUCUUGGACCUCUGGAGACCAGGUAGCCCUAUUCAUUAACUCCCUUUUUUGUCUUUCUCUUGUUAGUUUGCCCUGGCACAGUAUUCCACUGGCUUCACAGAACACUUUGAUUUCAAUGCUCCAGAUCCUUCUAAUAAUGUCUUGGGUAUCACACAAAAUCGCGGCAUGACCUAUACAGCCACUGCCAUCAGAAAAGUUGUGUAUGUUCAAGAACCUUAUUUCUCUGCAGAAACAGCUUGCUCCAUCUCUUCCCCUUUUAGGCACAAACUAGGCAUGAGUAAUGGUUCAGUUCUGUUAUCAGAAUGAAUUGCUAGGUUAGGGACCUGUGAAGAGUUUUUAAGAUGUUCCAACAUCAUUGUGGUCCAAUAUCAAACAAAAAAAAUAAAUAAAUUCAAAAGGUGUCCCAACAGCUCAUUAAUAUUACAGGCUGGGAGAAGAACUAGAAGCUUGCUGUUUAGGGCUCAUCCUCUUCACUCUCAGCUUCAUCACUGUCUCCCACUCCCUCUCUAUCUCUUUCCAAACUUUAGCUCUCAGCUCAGUUCAGUUAGCUUAGAUCCACAGAAAAAUUCUGCUCCCUAGACACAGCAAGCAAAACAAAUUCAUGCUCAAUCAAUGCAAGCAACAGUGACUAUGCCUGGCUUCCAUGGUGAGAGACAGUAUGCUUCUGAAUGCCAGUUGCUGGGAAUCACAAGUGGAGAGUGUACUGUUGCAUUCAGGCCCUGCAUGCAGGCUUCCCAUAGGCAUCUGGGUGGCCACUGUGAGAACAGGAUGCUGGACUAGAUGGGCCACUGGCCUGAUCCAGCAGGCUGUUCUUAUGUUCUUAAGAUUGUGCAGUUGGUUGCUAAGUCCUAGUAAACCGGCUGUACAUCUCCCAUUAUCAAUCAGCUUUUACCUGAUCAUCCCUGGGAUAGUGGCUCAGGCCCCCAACCAAUAUUGGGAGGGACUCUUUUGUGGUCCCUCUAGCAGCCACAAUCCCUUCUGGGCAGUCUUUCAGGGGCCACACGCUAGUGAUGGACAGGGCCAGAGGCGUGGACGUUGGAAGGUUUCUCAGAAAACAAUUUGGCCCUCAGUCUGCAAAAGGUUUCACACUUCUGAUGUAAUGAACGUGUGCUGAGCUCUCAUAGGAUCUUCUUCACACUAUGUCGCUGCCCGUGUCUAAACUCUGCCUUUUUAGAGAGGAUAAGAAUAGCACUAAAGGCAUUUACACUUGUGGAAAUUCUGCUAUUUUUCCCUUCUGGGAAAGCUACUUUUAGGAAAAGUCAGACUUUCUGUUGUCUACAGAAAACUGGAAGAACUGCGGGGAAAAUACUAGAUGGCAAUGACUGGAUUAGGCAAUGUGUGGAUGCACCACAAAAAGUGAGUGGAUGAAGAAUGGCAAUUCCACACUAUAUGUCUGCUGGGGAAGCACUUUAAGUUAAUGCCUGAUCAGUGUGCACAUGGGAGAGAAAACUGAGGAAACAUUUGAACAUCAUCAAUUAGGCUUUCACAUUUGUAUUAGGAAGCAAUUUUUGAUACAGUAAGACCCCCCCCUUUAAGUUCAAUGCAUGAAGCCUGUUUUUAAAGAGGUUGCCCUCAGAGAUGGGCACUCUGUGGUCCUCCAUAUGUUGCUGGACAUUAGCCCCAGCCAACAUGGCCAAUGGUGAUGAAUGAGGAGAGCUAUAGGCUAGCAACAUCUGGAGGGAAACAGGUUCUCCUCCCCAGCGUUACAUCUUUACUCUAUCCCCUCUUGUUUUCUCCUCUAGGCUGCUUUAGGGAAAUGCAAACAAUGAAGUCCUUAUCCAGUUUUCUUCUCUUUCCAAGGAGGGAGAUUUUUAUCCCAAGGAAAGGCUCCAGAAAUGGAUCUACCAAGAUUCUUGUUGUGAUAACAGAUGGUCAAAAGAAUGAUCAACUGCAGUAUUGGAAUGUGGUGCCAGAGGCUGAACGAGCAGGAAUUAUCCGUUAUGCUAUUGGGGUGAGGAUUCUGCAAGGAGUCUUCUAGGUUUACUAAACAGUACUGUAUGUGAAUUUCCACAAAAUCAGUUAUUUAAUUGCUUUUAUUUGGAUGUUUAUAGCCUUUCUUGUUGGCAGUGCUAAUUUCACAUUUCCCGAGCAUUUAGCUUUAUAGUUGUGGCUGUGCCCCUGCUCACAUUGCUUACCAACCCCACCUACCCCCCUGUUGAAGUAGGAGUAGUGAAAUUGCAGCUAAGAAGCUCAAAUCAUAUUAAUGACUGACUGGUACCCUUCUUUGGAAAUUAAGCCAAUGUCCAGACUUUCACUGAAAAUUUUGGGGGAGCUCUGGUCCCCUGCUCCUCCCUACUUGGCACCACCCACUUGUUCAGACUUCUAGGACUUCCUCGUGAAAUUGGUCUAAGGGCAGAUCCACACCAUAUGUUUACAGCACAUUCAACGUCUAUUUAAUGCUCAUGACCUCUGCCAAAGAAUCCUGGGAAUUAUGGUUAUCUUCUCCCAGAGCUACAGCUUCCAGCACCCAUAACAAGCUACAUUUACCAGAAUUCAUUGGUGGAAGCAAUGGUGUUUGAAUGUACUUUAAAUGUAUGUUGUAGAUCUACCCAAAGUCUGAAGUACAGAUAUACCCUUAGAACAUAAAAUUCAUAGAGAUGUAGGGUGCUAGUUCAGUUACCUGCCCUCCUGCCAAGUGGAUUGCUCACCUGCAUAGGGACCAAAUGCUCACAUCUUUUCUCUCUUCCGUCUGAUGAAGGUUGGCAAUGCUUUCUCAACUCAACGUGCCAGAGAAGAGCUGAAUGCCAUCGCUUCUGAACCUGACAAUGAGCAUGUAUUUGCAGUACACAAUUUUGAUGCCCUGAAAGGCAUCCAGGAUCAGCUACAGGAUAAGAUCUUUGCCAUAGAAGGUAAUAACAGGAACCUUAGCACUCAGAGGAGGCACUGAAGUCCCUUUCGCCAGUCCUUGUCUGGAACUGUGUAUCACUGAGAAUGGUUUAUUCCAUGAUCAUAUGACAUUUCUAACUUGCAAAGGGGUUUGUGGUCUUUACUUUGUUUGGCCUUGCAAUCACUCUAUACGGCGAGUCAGUAUUAUUCCCAUUUUACAGAUGAAGACCUGUGACUGAGAUAAAUGAGCUAUUUGCUGUAAAGGUGUAACUUGAACAUAGAUCUCCUAGGGUUAAAAGCCUGCACCUGGAAUACUACCUCUCAAUAUGUCAUACAAAAGGAAAGUCCUCUAAGCUUCAGAUGGGAAACCUGGGUUCUCCAGAUGUUGUUGGACGCUUGGCCUUGCUGGCUGGGCUUAUGGGAGUUAAGAACAUAAGAAGAGCCCUGCUGGAUCAUACCAUAGUCCCAUAUUCUGUUCUCAUAGUGCCUAACCAUUUGCCUAGAGCAGCGGUUCUCAACCUGUGGGUCCCCAGAUGUUGUUGGACUACAACUCCCAUCAUCCCUGAGCUCUGGCCUUGCUAGCUAGGGGUGAUGGGAGUUGUAGUUCAACAACAUCUGGGGACCCAUAGGUUGAGAAAGGCUGGCCUAGAGGAAGCCCACAAGCAGGACCUGGAAUACAACAGCAUAUAUGGAGGUCCACGUGUUCCUCAUGCUUGCUAUAGCGCCAUCUGGUGUGUCUGCUGCUAAAACAGGGAACAGCUUCGGCCUCUAACUGUGUGGGAUGCUAUAUAUUGUUAUAGGAUUGGGGGAUUAGUCUAAAAGUCAUCCCUCCAAGACUGGUGUUUGUAUAUAUUUUAAUGUAGGAAAAGUGACUUCCAACAAGGUCAAGCCAGUCUCUUUAUUAACUUAAUGAUUCUAGCCAAGUUUCUUAGGUAUCACUUUGCUUAACUAAGGAAUCCAAGAGACUGGUUGAUACAGAAACUACUAGCUGGAGAUGCUUUCAGAAAGUGGGCUGAAGAGGGCAGUUCCCCUCACCCUGGCUGGAGGUGGUGCUGUCAUUAGGUGUAGGAAAACAAUAAACCUGGGGGGCAAUCUCAUAUUCAAGUGGCUGAGAAAGAGCCACAGAGGCUUGAAUUCUCUUUGUGUUGAAUCCAAAGCCAUGGCUUUGCCCCGCCCUGCCCAAAAAUCUAAUAGGGGAGCAAGAUCCACUGGAGUGUUAAUGCCAUUAGCUCAUUUACCUUAUACUUAGCCUGUAGUGUAAAUAAAACCAUGUCACCAAGACAUCACCACUUCCACAGUGAAGACUGUGGUUUCUUUAUGAUAUGUGGUUUAUUUACACAUAUAUGCAACCUGAGCCUACACUAGAGGGGCUUAAAGCAUUACUCUUGACAGGCACAGAUUUACAGAAGAUCCCUGCAUUGCAGGGGGUUGGACUAGAUGACCCUCGUGGUCCCUUCCAACUUUACAAUUCUAUGAUUCCAGUGAGUUUCAUUCUAGGGAAACCAAACCUGAGUUGUGCAUUGGCACCCCUGAAACCUCUCACAGUUUGCAGAUUGUGGACUGUACUAUACAGCUACAAAUAAAAUGUUUUAAAUGUGUUGUAAAGUUCAAUAUACAAAUGUGACACUAGAUGGUGAUAGUGAGCUAUGCCAAAUUCAAUGUAUUUUUCAAAAAAAAAUAUUAAGCAUUUUCACAGCGGUUUUUUUAUAUCUGUGUAGAUUCCACCUGGGUGGAAUUUGGCAAUACAAAUACAGGGGUUUCUUAUAACCUCUCCUAUGUGCUCUUCCCAUUUGUCUGUGUCCUGUUCCCACCCUUCCUUGCAGGUACCCAAUUCCAGAGCAGCAGUUCCUUCCAGAUGGAAAUGUCCCAGGAAGGAUUCAGUGCCUUACUGACUCGGGUGAGUCUGGCCCCUAGAGUAGGGUGUGUGGAAUCUUUGUUCUUCCAGAUCUUGCUGAACUACAGAUUCCAUCUGCCCCAGUCAGCAUGGCCAAUGGCCAGGGAUAGUGGCAGUUGUAUUUCAGCAACCUCAGGAAGAAGAAAGUUGCCUGCAGGAAGAAUCCAGGAGAGUCCUAAAUGCCUGCAAGCAGAAUGAUUUUUGUUAAUGAAGAAUAUAUUCAUAGAUUAACUGCAUGAUCCCAUUUCUAUUACUGUAUUCUGUUGUUCCAUCAGCAUGGACCUAUUUUCCUCAGUGAAAGGAAAUACAAAGUUGGAGAUGGUAUGCUUCUGGAUACCAGUUGCUGGUAUUCAGAGAGUGCUCUGGUGCUCAGAUCUUGCUUACAUGCUUUCCAUAGGCAUGUGGCUGGCUACUGUGAGAACAGAAUGCUGGAUUAGAUGGGCCAGCAGCGCUCAUCUUAUAGCCUGAUGUUCUUGUCUUAAAGAAUAAUGGAGGGAGGACAUGGCCGCAAGAGAUAUUUCUAUACUCUUACUUGCAACCUUGAGAGUCAGAAACUUGCUUAUAAAAUUGAAAGUGAAUAUUCACAGGAUGCUGAAUUCAAUCCCAGUUAGCAACAAGCUCUUAAAAAUGAUUGAAAUUUGCAUUACUGCUUUAGGAUCACACAACCAUGCUGGUUCUGGAUGGAUGAUCCUGUGAGCCAAAGGGAGAAAAGAUGGCUGGCUCAGCAGUGGUAGUGCUACUUACUGUAAUGCUCAAUUGCAGUUAUAGGGAUUUUUUUUUUAAUCUUUCAGUUUUUCAUCUUUCCCUAAUCCUCCUUUUUACUUUUCCCCUCCUGUUGACGUUGAUUUGUGGACAACUCUUCCUGCCGUGUUGCCUGCUGUGAUUUAGGAUGGUCCUGUCUUGGGAGCAGUAGGAGCAUUUGACUGGUCUGGAGGCCUAUUUCUGUAUCAGAACAGUAACAGAGACUCAAGCUUUCUUAAUGCCUCCAGCACCACUGAGGAGAUGAAGAAUGCUUAUCUUGGUAAGUAUUAAAACAAAACUCUCCAGCUAGUGGUGGUUGGUGCCCAUGGGGGGGGACUGUUGGGGCAGAAGGCAGGGAGAGCAGCAGUAGGUGGGGCCAGACCCAAUGACAGGCAGAGUCACCCCCUGACUGGUUGGAAAUAAGAAAGCAGGCAGAUUGGGGGCUGGCUGAGGUUAGACUGAGGUUGGUGGGGCAGUGCCCCAUUCACCCUAAUGGACCAGUUUCUGCUGCCUUCCCCCCACCCCAAGUUUACCAUGUUUUACUGUGGUACAUUUCCACCCCAGAGGCAGCUGCAUCUUGGCAGAUGCUACCCUUUCUCCAUUCAGGAGCACAGAUAGAAAUUACCAUCUAGAUACUCUUAGCACCACACAUUUCCCCCCUGUCUCCACUCUUCAGAUUCCUGCAUCAAAUAAUUCAUUAUAAGAAUUCUAUGUAAACGACUGCACUGCUGUAUGCUAUACUGAGAGACAGUGUGGUAUAGUGGUUAAAGCAUCAUGCUAGGGCUGGGAAAAUUGCGGCUGAGAUCCCAGUUAGCCAUGAAGUGAUCUUGGGCCCCUUGCUAUCUAGGUGGGGAAAAGUUGUUUUGAUCUGCUACUGGGUAGCUGAGAGGGAGAGACCCUUGCAAAGCAGCCAGAGAUGUUCCAGGAGAUCCCAAUCAACCUUUUGCACACCCCUGCUCUAGGCUAUUCUUCCCAAGCUGUCCUGCUUAAUGGGAGAAGUGGUCUUGUAGUGGGAGCCCCCCGCUAUGACUACGUGGGCAAAGUGGUUCUCUUUGAGAAAGCGGCCAGGAGUGGGAAGUGGCAACUAACAGCUGAGGCUGUUGGAGAACAGGUAUGAACUGAGCUGGGCUAGGCUAGGGCAAAGGAGACUGGUGGUGGAAUGGAGAGACUGUUGAGAAAGCUUCUGAACCUGGAAUGGAGGUGAGGAAGCUAUGGCGUCAACAAUGAGAUAUGAUGAAAAUGGCUCCAAGAUAGAAGCCAGAAGUGGAGAACUUUUUUUUGUUGCUGUUAAGGGCUGGAUUACUCAGCUGAGGGCCAUGUGCUGGCUGUGUAGUCAUAAGCGGCAGACAGGUCUGGGAAUGGAAAGUAGAAGCGAAACUCAAGGGGACAUUUGUCUGAUGCCACAGGUUGGUUCCUAUUUUGGAGCGGCGCUGUGCUCUGUGGACCUUGAUCAAGACACUGAUACGGACUUGGUGCUGGUUGGAGCCCCCAUGUACUAUGAUGCUAUUACAGGUGGAAGGGUUUAUGUCUGUCAUUUUAAGGUAAGGGAGAAGAUGGGGAGACUACAUUAGAUUGAGACCUUGAGGUGGGGUUGCUUGCUUGGAAAUAUUUCAAGUGUCUUAUUUGACUACUCUGUAUAGCAAGGAAGACUUCACUGCACCAUGACUUUGAAAGGAGAAGCAGGGCACGUUUUCAGUCGCUUUGGUGCCAGCAUGGCAGAAACAGGUGACAUCACCGGGGAUAGAUGGAUGGAUGUGGCGAUUGGGGCACCCAUGGAGAAUGAGAAUGUAGGAGCCUUAUAUAUAUUUGGGGGGAAACGAACAUCUAUCAACCCCAAGUACCUCCAGGUGAGCUCAAUACCAGUUCCAGCCUACAAAGGACCUACCUUGCUUGUGCUGCCUCCCAAGAGGCCCUUGCUCAAUGCAACUGCCUCCUUUUUCCUAUUCUUUGUGCACUUAGAGGUACAUCUAGAGUUGCUAUACUGGUCCUUUUCUCUGAAAUUUCUCUGAAAUUGUUUUUAUAGAGAUUCCAGUCAGUGUUGUUUAUUUGAUGCAAUCCAGUGUUUAACACUGGGUGGAUUGGUUGGGGGGGAAUAAAAUACUUUUGCAGCAUGAACCUUUCCAGUGUUGGCAAAGUGCUAUGGAGGCUUUUCAUGGCUCCUCUGAUUUUAAUUUUUUCUUCUUGGAGGGUCUGUUUAUUUUAUUUCUUCAUGCUGAUUGCAGUUAAAGGAUAACCUCUUAAAUUUGCCACUUGAAUGGCUUCUCUUAGGGUGCUUCCAGAUGGUAACUGUUUUGCAGGUCAGGUUCAAUCACAUAUUGACAAAUUCAGGUUGUGUGAUUAAAGUGGAUUUGACAUUAUUACAAAGCAAGCCCACUUCUUGUGAUGUCAUGUAACCUACUCUCAAACAAAUUAGGAUAAAUUUUCAAUGAACAUGUAAUCUGAAAGCAACUUGGGUUGGCCCUAGGUCAGUUUCUGUUCCCAUGGGAGGUAGGCUUUGAUUUAUCUAUGGGUUAGAUCUAGGCUUAUUCAUACUUAGAACUGACCCAAUGAAGUUUAAUUAAUUUCAGUAGGUCUACUUUUAGAAUGACUGCAUCUGGAGCAAGCCUAUUAUCUUUCUUUCUUUCUUUCUUCUUUCUUUCUUUCUUUUUCUAUCAUUGCAUUAAUUAAUUUAUUUAACUGCUUUUUAUAUUUGAGUUUUUAUGUCUUUCUAAUUAUGUAAUUGCAUUUUAUUAUAAAUUCUUACUGUGAAGCAUCCUGGGUAUGGAGGGUAAUAUGCAAAUAUUUUCAAUAAAUAAUUUUAUUGUGAAAAAUAACAUGAAAGAAACUAGUAAUUCUACAUCCCUUUCAGGAAUUGAAAAAGACAUAGGGGCUAUUCAGAGGCUAUUCAUUACUAGCCCUCCACCUUCUUUCAUUAGAAAUAAAUUAACUGGACUGAACUGGAAAAAAUGUUUUGAUUAAUGUGACUUGGAAUUUAAGAGAAUGAGAACUACUCCAGAGUAAACACUGUAGAAGAUUAUUGAGCAGGGGGAAAGGCACUGCUGAAUAAUAUAGUACUGUGUGGAGGACCUCUUGAAUUCCACUUUCAGCUAAGUGUGGAGAAACAAUGCCUCAGUAUCACUCAAGGGCUCUAAUGUGAAAGCAACCUAAGAGAGAAAUUCUCAAGACGAUUUGUACUCACUUGAAAUGUUUGUGUCUGUUUUUACACCAUUCCAUACUAGAACACGGCUAGGUUUGAUUUUCUUUAAAAAGAAAAGCAUAGUAUAAUAUUUUGAUGGACUGUCUUUCAGUUGGGAAUAUGUACAGAUCUUUUGAUGCCUCAUUUGUUGUUAACCUUGUUUUGUGAGGGUCACAGAGUCUCUCUGUCUGGCCUUGAGGCCACCCUCCUUCCAUUUUGCAUCCUUCAUUCUUUAUUUGCAGCGCAUUGAAGGGCUGAAGUUUUCUGGAGGGUUUUUGUACUUUGGUCAAGCUGUCAGUGGAGGAACAGACCUUACAGGGGAUGGCCUGAAGGAUAUUGCUGUUGGACAAAAAGGAAGGGUCCUGUUAUUGAGGUGAGAAUGAGGAGCAGGGAAAGCCUUGCUCUCCCCUCCCUGUUCUUAUUCUGUUUCCUCUGAACAGGAGAAAAAUCAUUUCCAUGGAUGCCCCAGUAAAGAAGUAAAUGUUAUAAGUAGAAGUACACAUUCUCCUUUAUUUCCUUGUUUAAAUUUAGUCCCUAUCUUAAUAAAGAGGCUCAGCACAGCUUACAGUUUUCAAUACACACAAAAGCUAUCAAAUGGCAGUGCAAAAACUGUGCAAAUGGCUGUAGGAAUAAUAAUUUUAAAAAUAUUAUUAAAUACAGCUAGAUGAAUGCUGUGAUUGCAGUGAGUACCAAAUUCAACACCUGCAAAAUUCAAAUGGUUGUUGCCAGUGCUAGUCCUACUUAGAGUAGACCCAUUGAGGUUAAUGGGCAUGUCUAACACUUUCCCCUAAUGUUACAGUUUUCCCCAACAUUAUUUGGUUGGAGAAUUGCAUCACAAAAUUCAGAGAAGUGCUGCAUUUUGAAGGAUAGCUAUGUUUUUCUUCCUGUACUGUUUUGGAAGGCAUGAAUUAAGUAAGUUGGUAUUAAAAUCCUAACCAAACUGAUUUUCCCCCCUAUCCCUACUGACAGGACACGUCCUGUUCUACAUGUGUCGGUCUCCAUUGAGUUCUUCCCACCUUUAAUCCCCACCUCAAACUUCCAGUGUCAGGAACAGGAAUCUCUCAAGGCUGAAGCCAGCAUGGCAAAAGUGUGCUUUACCGUUGCUAAAGCUAUUCAGGAUAAACUAGGUGAGGCCACAAUGCUUGCUCUGGCAUAGGCCUAUGUGGGACAUGGAGUGGGGUUGGGAAGUGGUAUAGCUCUCUUUGCGUAACCUGAACCAUCUUGGGUAAAGUCCUCUCCCUCGUGUACUUAUGUGUGAUGGGAGUUUUUGUCAUGAGAUGAAUUCAAGCAUCCCACCACAUUCAUCCAGAGGACUGUGCCACAUGCCUUUCUACACAUUGAAAAGGUUAAGAGAUGCCCAUCUCAGAUGUGCCUUUUCUCUGUCUUGGCAUAGCGUAGAAUUCUAGGUCUCAUCUUCCCUUGCUGGAAAGAUUCAAGAAAGAGUCUGACACCAACUCUAGGUAUUCCUCACCAGCCCCACUUUCAAGGUAGCUGCUCCUUGGCCUUCACAGUCAAGUCAGUUGGUGCUGAGUCCAUCCUUACCUGGAUGUCCUUAUCUGUAUGAAGAUCUAGGGUUGCCAGUGGCAGGAUGGGAAUUCUUGCCCUCUCCUCCCAAUGGGCAGAAUCUGUGCCUUUAAGACAGAAAUCAAUAAGUGAAGCUUUUCCCAGCAUGGAAUUUUAGUGCUGGGGAAAAUUUUAGUGCUGACUUUCACCUGCUUUUUUAAUAUACAAAACCUCUGUCCCAAAAAAAGGGGGGGGGAGCUGCUUUCCUCUGUAAUCUGCCCUUCCCCAGAUUCCUUGACAUGGGAAGAGACUUGUAUCCCGUACCUUGAGUGGGCGGCUGAGUGGGAGGAGGCAGGCAGACUCUAGAGGCACUGUGGUGCGCCGCGCCCCUGGGCACGCCGCCCCAGGCGCCCAAGCAGCUUCCUCCGCCACUGCUAGUGAGAGGUUGUAGCUUGUGAUAUUCCAAGGGCCAGAUACAGAGGCGUGGAGGGCCACAUUCUGCCCUCAGAUCUGAGCUUCACUGUUCCUGCCCUCCCAACUUCUUCCUCGUUUCUUUUCUCAUGCCAACCACAAUCCCUACCCUCUUAUUUCUCUUUCUCAGGUGAAAUCUCUAGUGACCUGUACUACACUUUGGCCCUAGACCACGAGAGAACAAAGAUUCGAGCCACCUUCAGCUCUAAAUCAGUCCUGACUACAAACAUUCAGAUAGGCCUUGAGAAUAAAUGCCAGAACCACCCAAUUGAGUUGCCUGUAAGUUUGGCCUUAUGUGCAGUGUUAAUUCCCUUAAAUAUCUGAGGUGCAAUAUUGGGGGGGGGGGUUCAGACCAUCCACUAUUUAGCUGUUUUGCAGGUGGGAUUCAGGUGCACCCUGGCAAAUUCAAGUUGCACAGUUAAAGUGGAUUUGGCACCCUUGCACAACAGACCUGAUUUUUUUAAAAAGGGUAGUAAUGGGAAAAUGUGAUGGAAAGUGUGGAAUAACACUUGUUUGAUGUGACAUCAUACAGUCUCCCUGCAAACGAGUUGGAAUGGAUUAUCCAUAAACAGCCAACGUCGUAUAAUCUUACCACAGACUUUGUGCAAACCAAUGAGGAUGGAUGCUCAAUAAACAGGUUGUCUGGAGAAAGUGUCUUAAAUUUGAGAGGCUCUGUCUUUCAUCUCCAAUCUAUAUGGGGAUUGUGAGUAGGGAGAGCAUUGUUGUACAUGGGUCCUGCUUGUGAGCUUCCCAUAGUCAUUUGACUGGCCCCUGUGAGAAGUUGGACUAGAUGAACCUGAUACAGCAGUUCUUCUGAUUUGUUUCACCACUAGAUGGGGAACAGAGCAUAGCAUUGUAAAUGUGGCCAAGAGCAUCCUAUACAGUCAUUCCUUAUUUCUUGGCAGACUCUGAUGGCUUGUAUCCAUUACUAUAUAAGCACAUAUCAGUGCAGUACUGAAAUUGCAUGUUUAUUUUCUGCUAGGGAGGCACACACUUUAUAAGUGCAUUGCUGGUGCAGUGUUCUGCUGGCUUGCAGGAAAGCCACACAGAAAAGUAAAGAUUUGAGAAAUCCGAAGCCACCAUGUUAUUUUCAGUUCUCUUCCUUUUUCAGAGGGGAAAAGGGCUGGUGGGGAAAUUGAAAUAUUUGUAGCAUCCCUUUGACUAUCUCGGAUACAUCACUUUGGUUCAGAAGCAAUAUGUAAAGUAGACCUUCCCUGAUAUUAUCAUGCAGUGAAAAGAGAAACUCACUUUUAGCAUACAGAAACUCUAUUUUUGUGCAGAGUGUAUACAUUCAGUAUGCAUUCCAAGGACAUCUCUUUCUGUGCUCCAAUCUUUUAGAUCUGCAUUGAGGAUACUCUGACGCCUGUCACUUUGCGGCUCAAUUUCAGCCUCGUAGGGAAGCCCAUCGCUAAAGCCCCCACACUACAGCCCAUCCUGAGCAAAGACUCAGAAAAGAACCACACAGCACUGGUGAGUACUUCAGCCCCAAGUCUUUUUAUUACAAAAUGAGAGCCAGCAACAUUAUAGCAGGAUUCCCAGUUAAGGAUGGGGAAGAAAUUCAGUUCUGUUUGCAUUGAAAGGCAAAUCUGCCUAAUUCACACUUUCUGAAACAAUUCAUGAAUGGAAACAUAGUCAUUCCUCAAAAUUCCACACUUCUCCAGAUUUUCCAGGUAGUUCUCCAGCCAUGUUUUGUCCCCCACCCCGAAAAAUGCAACUACUUGGGUAAAGGAAGCAUAAAAAUUCAUACAUUUGUGAAAAUAACAUACAAACCUGUGUUAUAUUAGGGGAAAUUGUUUGCAUUAAUUUGUAUAUUAGGAUAAAUUCACACUAAAUGCUGAUGAGUUUUCACAGGGACUUAAAAAAACAAACAGGCAAACUGAAGGGGAAAUAUGAACUGAACUUUUGACUGGAAAAAUGAGAAACUGAAAGACCAAUUUGCAUAUCCCUGCUCCUUGUUGAGUGAGCCCACUGUAUUAUGUUCCUCAUGGCGCCUUCCCCCUGCUUACUGCUCCCAGGUGCCACUGACACCCUCAUCUAGACAACCUUGUGGCCUUGAGCUAUUGUGUAAGCACAGUGGGGGGGCAUAUGGUUUGUCAUGUGUAAAUGAACAAUGUAAAAGAGGUGGUGAUUGUGGGAGUGAAACACAGGAGAGGGAAAGGCUUGGCUGGACUUGAGUAGAGGUCAUCCACCAAGGAACUGGGUUCCAUCAUUAGUAUUUGGUGCUUAAUUCUUCUCUCCACUAAAAAUUUCUGUGCCUACAAAAGUAAAAUGUGACCUGCAUGCUUUUACAGCUCCACUUUGAGAAAAAUUGUGGCACGGAUGGGAAAUGUGAAGACCGUUUAGAAGCUUCAUUUAAUUUCUCAGGGUAGGAAAAUAUUUGCUCUCUCUAUUUCUGUUUUGCCUCUCCAUUAUCUUCAAUAUAUCUAGUUUAUCUGGGCAUUAGGACUCCCAAAAAUAAAUUUCUCUGUCUCAUGGUUUUGUUACUGUGAUAGGGAUAUUCCCCCCCCCCCCAUAGUUCCAGGAUACACAGAUCUGCCAUUUCUCACCUACGAGUGGGUUAUUUCUCCAGUCAGUCACUAGAUUUAUAUUCUGCCUUACCAUUACCAGUGGGAUGCGGGUGGCGCUGUGGGUUAAACCACAGAGCCUAGGAUUUGCUGAUCAGAAGGUCGCCGGUUCGAAUCCCCGCGACGGGGUGAGCUCCUGUUGCUCAGUCCCUGCUCCUGCCAACCUAGCAGUUCGAAAGCAUAUCAAAGUGCAAGUAGAUAAAUAGCUACUGCUCUGGUGGGAAGGUAAACGGCAUUUCCGUGUGCUGCUCUGGUUCGCCAGAAGCAGCUUAGUCAUGCUGGCCACAUGACCUGGAAGCUGUACGUCAGCUCCCUCUGCCAAUAAAGCGAGAUGAGCACCGCAACCCCAGAGUCGGUCACGACUGGACCUAAUGGUCAGGGGUCCCUUUACCUUUACCAUUACCAGGUUGAUUUUACACAACUUUCACACCCACUUUCACAUUGGUAACUGGAGGCCUUGUACCCAGUAUUGCUCAGAAAUUCUAAGAAAAUAAAUCAGUGCCCAUGAAGUGGGGUGAGAUGAAGCAUUUAGUAUGUUUGCUCAAUAUUUGGUGUGUGCAAACAUUAAUGCAUGCCCUCUUAUUGUAUUGGUUAUAUUUUUGUUGUUCAAAUUGAGUGGACUACAUAGGAGAAUUGCCUCCAGACUGUCAGUAUUUUGUGGGAGGAGUUCAAGCACAUACUGGAUAGAAAUUGAGAUUGGUGCAAUUAAUGUCGAUUAAAACGCUCUGGUACAACAAAUCUACUUAACAUCCCCCCAACCCCCCCCCCCCCAUGCAGUUAGGAAAGAGAUGGGGAAAUGCACUAUUAAAGUGUGGGUAAAACAAAUUAUUAGUGGGAAGACAGAUAGACACCCCACAAACAAGUCAGGGAUGAAUUCAGAAUCAGUGCUCAUUGUUGUAUAGCCUCCCUACAAACACUGGGUUUUCAGGGUCGUUAGGAGGAGUCUAAAUCUCUUGGAUAUUUGAAAAUCUCUAUGUAUCUGAGACCUCUAAUCCUGCACACAUCCCUCUUUUCUACACACAGCUUGGACAUUGUAGUUGUAGGUCUGACUGGUGAGUUCAAUGUAACAGCUUCCAUCCAGAAUCAUGGAGAGGACUCUUACAGCACCACACUGGGCUUUUUCUACCCUGCAGGGUUAUCCUACCGCAAGGUCACUUUACCACAGGUGAGUGGAGCAGUAGGGAUGCAGGCAUGGGGAAGAGCAGGAACAGUGAGCAGGUGGAGGGAUGGGGGCUGCUUGGGAAUUAUUGUCUGGAUCCAUUCAUAAACAAUGAAUGCCCCAUCCUCUCUCAGCUCAGCAGGAGGGUCGUGAGUGUUAAGUGCCAUUCAGUUACUGCGUCUGAAGAAGAUGUCAGCAGGAACACCACCUGCAAUAUCAAUCACCCAAUUUUCUACAGUAAAGCAAAGGUAUAUUAUAUUCUUUGAAUUCAAUGCCACAAGAUGUGUUCAUAAGCACUACCUUAAGGCUAACUGUCACAUUGAGAGAAACAAACAAAAACAAAACAGGUGUCCUUCUGGAAUUGUAGCAUUUCAGAGGACAUUGCAUGAUUAAAUGCUCCCUCUAAGCUCAACUGCCUGUGGAAAGUUAGCAUGUUAAGGAAAAGGGUUGUUGCCUAACCCCCUGUCAGCGGACAAAUGCUGAGUCCCUCAGCCUGAAAGCGGAGUUGAGCACCACACCUCAUAGUCGAAUUUGACUGGGCUUAACCGCCCAGGGGUCCUUUACCGUUACCUGAUGCACUAGUCUAUGUGCAGGGAGUUGUUGUUUUUGUGUUCAGUGUGGAAAGAACGGCCUGAUUCUCUUAAAAGAGAGAUUGAAAUGUCAUUGAAGAUGAUUUUAAUAAUUGCCCCCCCCAAAAAAAUAAGGGAAAAAGAAGUAUUUUUAACACAAUAUUGCUACCCUUCCGACAAACCCUCCAACCUGCAAAUCAGAUCCAAUAAAUAAAACUUACUGCUGCUUUGCAAAAAAAGUAGAGGCAAAUGAAGGACAUAGAACAGCAUGAGUGGUACGCUGAGACAUAGGUUCAAUAUUCAGCAUAUAUUUUUAUUAUUAUUGUGGUGGUGGUGGUUGUUAUUGGUAUAUUCCACCUUUUAUCUCUAAAGAGGUCAAGGUGCCAUGCACACUUCUCCCCUUCUUGAUUUUAUCCUCACAACAAUCCUGUGAAGUAGUUUAGGCUGGAAGAACAGUGGUUGACCAGUGGGCUUCAUAGAUGAGUGGGGAUUUGACCCCUGGUCUGUCAGGUCCUAGUCCAGCACUCUAACCACUACACCAUGCAGCAGAAUAGGGGGAAUAAAUCUCCCCCUCAGAAGCUGCUGCCAGCCAGAGUAGGCAAGAUUAGCCUAGAUGUGUCGGUGGUCUCAAGCAGGUUCAUGUGUUACAGGCAGUCCAGGUAUAGACUACCUUCUCUAAGGAAAGCCCUCCAUACAUAAAAACCUUCACAUGUAGAAAUAAGAAAUCAUAUCAUAUGUUGGUGUAUUGCAGGUUAUCUUCAUUGCCACAUUUGACGUCUCCCCAGAUGUUGAUCUAGGGGACACUCUUCGGAUCAUGGCCAGUGCCAACAGGUGAUGUUCACAGUUUUGCAGCUUUAUGUGGCCUAAUGUGGACCCCAUGUUUCUUAUAAUGUAAAGGGCAUGUUGGGUUUGGAGGGGAGAGAAGUGUGAAACAGAUCUGGCUGCAUUGUGACAGGGCAGUGGUGCUUGAUGUAGUACAUGAUGGAAACACUAAUAUGAAGCAGAGCAUGAUGGAAUAGUGCAUGAUGUUCAAGCCCUUAAACAAAAAACUAACAUAUCUGUUCUCUUCCAUUUGCCCAGUGACAAUGGUGGCAACAUCACCAAGGAUAUGGUUCAUGAAGCGGAGUUGCCUGUCAAAUAUGCUGUGUAUAUCAUUGUCACAGCGUAAGUAACUAUGGAUGUUUCAGGGGUAAAGCGGUGCCUGUAGAGUGCCCUCUAAUAGAGCUAACCCUGAUUCCUACUCACAAGGAUAUUACCUCUGAGAUAUCCCUUUCCCAUCACCAUCCUAGCCUGGUCUUCCUAGCUUUUCUCACGGAUGUUCAUUUCUCUUUCAUCUUCACAGCAUUGAGGAGUCAACCAAGUACAUUAAUUUCACAGCUGGCCAAGAGGAUGCAAGCAAGAACAUGGAACAUCGAUAUGAGGUGAAGGGCAAAGGGGAUGGCAAAGGGUGGCUGGUGGUUGGUAGGAAGAGGAAAAUGGUACAGGCAAGGAGAGAAUAAUAAGGGAAUGAUGGGCAAGAAUGAGGUCUCAACAAAAGCUUUAAAAGUGAGGUUACUUGAAACCAGGAUUUCUGUAGACUUAUAUUAGUUUUAUAUUCGUUUAGCUUGCCAUAAUAAUCCAGGGCAUUGUAGUUUGAGGUGCUUCUGGCCUGUCACUAUUUUUGAGUGAGAUUCAGUCAUAUACUGGCAAAUUCAAGUUGCUUAAUGAAAGUUGAUUUGGGGUUCUUGUGCAACAAACCUGCUUCUUCCCCAAAUCAGACUUGGUGCAAACCAGUCAGGACGAAUGCUAACUAGACAGGCUACCUGGAAAUGACUUUGGUUGGGGUACUGAGAAUUCCUUGCAGAAGAAGCUGCUUGGAAAAGGGCACUGGGCCCUCUCACCUGUCGGCCAUAUGCUUAAUUAGUUUUCUAACAGCUAAUUAAGCUUUAACCCUACCCCCAAACUAAUUUGGGACUAGAUCUGGUGUGGUCCAUGGGUUGACCCAGGGUGGCUGUGCCUGAUGGGGACACAGGGAGAAUGGGAGGGAGCUGGGCACUGCCCGGGUUUCAAAUGGUACUGAGUGGGGUGGAAGAAGACAUCCAGGACCCAUGGUGUGUUCUGUCUGCCUUGAACAGUGUCUAUUUCACUUUCAGGUGAAAAAUCUCCGUCAACGAAAUGUCCCCAUCUCUGUGACAUUUCAGAUCCCUGUAAAACUGAAAGGGAUCCAGGUGUGGAAUGUGUCUCAGGUUGUCUCUUCCCAGGUAUAAUUAUCUGCUCAUUCUCUAACCACCCCAAUGUAUAAUACCCCUAAUCUCUAAUGAAGUGCCUCUGCUCACCUAUUUAUCUUGUUGGGGAAAUAGGUAAAGCAUGCCAUGUCCUACUCCCAGCCUGCCAGAUGUGGGGCUGGCUUGAACCUAGGACCUCCAAGAAGGAAGGUUGAUUAUUUAAACUGUCUCUUUUCCCACAUUCUCAGUUUGCCAAGUGUGUCUUGGAGAAAGAAAGUGCUGGCAACAAAGAUUUCCCAGUGACAAAGGACCUCCCCCUUCUGGUGAGUUUAGCAUACUGCAGCCUCUCCCCAGGAUCACCUACAUCCGUUGUAUAUAAAAGAACACAAGAAGAGCCCUGCCAGAUCAGAUCACUGGCCCCUUCCAUCCAGCUAAUACCUGUUCUCAAAGUAGCCAGCUAAUGCCUGUGGGAAGCCCAAAAGCAGGACUUGAAGCUCCUAGCUAUCUAGAGCUAGUGUGAUGUUGUGUUUAGAUGGGUUUAACUAGGGCUAGGGAAGUCUGUAUUCAGAUCCUCACUCAGCCAUGAAACAUUCUGAAUGAUCUUGGGCCAGCUACUCUCUUUCAGUCUAACCUGCCUCACAGAACUGUUGGGAUGAUAACAGGAGUGGAGAGACAACUCCUUGGAGGAAGAAUGGGAUUAAAGAAGCAUAUUAUAAUAACAGCAGAGACCAUCCUCGGAACUAUGGUGGCUAGAAACUUCUUUAAUAAAAAGAAAGUAGAUGUUUUCAGGAUGUUGAAUUGCCAUGCUGCAUGCUGGCUGAAGAUAUCUCUGCUCAGCAGUGACUUUUCCCUUUGGCCUUGCUCACCCCAGCUUAUCUUUCCACCUCUCUCAGGACUGCUCUGUAGCCUCCUGCAAGAUAAUCCGUUGUGACAUUUUGUCACUGAAGACACGGGAGCCGCUGGAAUUCAGGAUCAAGGGGGAUGUCGGUUUCCAGUGGGCAUCUCAGGUAUAGAGGUUGCCAUUGAUGGGUAUUAUAUUGAGGUUUUUUUUUUUUUAAACAACAACAACAAAACCAAAUUUUUUUGUGACCUGCAAAAUGUUAAUUUGCUCUGCUGGUCAGCAACUUGUCAGUGCCUGACAAGGGAUUCCCCUCUCUCAGAAGGAAUUGCUCUCUCUUCCCCAGAUCCAGCAGAAGAAAGUUGUCUUGGUGAGCAUGGCCCAGAUUUCCUAUGAUGAGAAAAAAUACACACAGAAGGAAGGCUUUGCACAGGCCCAGGUAAUGGGGGGAAGGGGCAGUGGUGCACUUAGUUGAUUUUAGGACUCCCUCAGAUAACCUGCUUAUUCAUCCUUCAUUCUGAUUUGCUUGCACAAAGCUUAUGCAGUGGUUAGGCACUGAACAGUUUAGAGUUAGACAGUGGUUUUACCGAACAUUUGUGGUAUGGCAAGUAUUCAUUCUGCAUUGAUCCAGAUUUGCUUUUGGAGUGUUUAUGCAUCUUCCCAGUAAUCAGUUGUUUGCCCAACACUUUCCAAUGCAGUUCCCUAUCACUUUCCAAACCACAAAAAGUCCAAUAUUUUUUUGAAGUGGACAAAACCCUUUGAUCCACUUCAAUUGUGCAAACCUUACAUUUUGGUAUGUGUUUCAAUCCCUCCUGCAAAAUACUGGCAGUCUUUAGGCACCUUUAGACUCUGAACUAUAAGGAUAUGAUGCUGCUUUCAGGGCAGCGGGAGCAGCAGCCUCACCCAGUGCUUAUAGCUGAGGCCUAACUCCUGGGUUUUUCUGCCAGAGAUGUCUACCGUUGCACUAAGGGAGGGAGGGAGCAAGAGCAGAAAACUGAUAUAAAGAUGAUAUAUAAUGAAAUGAAAAAGGUAUUUAAAUAUACCUUCUUGAAGAAACCAGAGGCCUUCCUCCUGGGCAUAGUCGGCCAAUUGGUGCCAAAGGACAGAGCUUUCUUUAUGUAUGCCACAACAGCAGCAAGAAUACUUAUUGCAAAGUACUGGAAGACACAAGAUUUACCCACUCUGGAAGAAUGGCAGAUGAAGGUGAUGGACUAUAUGGAACUGGCGGAAAUGACUGGCAGAAUCCAAGAUCAGGGAGAAGAGUCGGUGGAAGAAGAUUGGAAGAAAUUUAAAGACUAUUUACAGAAAUACUGCAAAAUUAAUGAAUGUUAGAAUGAAGUUAAGUGGUUUUAGCAGCAAUGUUAUAAAGAUGUAUGUAAAAAUGGAUUGUUAACAGGUGAGAAUCUAAAGUUAUAAUAUAUUAAGUUUAAGGAUUAAGAUAAAAACAAAGAGGGAAAGGAAUUGCUGAAUUAACUAAUUGAACUGGAAUACAAAAAAGGGAGGUGAGAGGAGGUCAGGGAAGCAAGGAAAUGAAAUGUAAGAUAUGAAAGACUGAUUUGUUUUUAAGUGUUUUUUAUCUUUUUUUUGUAUUUUGUAUUUUGUAUUUUUUCUCUUUUUUAUUUCUUUCUUCUUUUUUCUUUUCUUGUUAUCUAUGUAAUCUUUCUUUUCUUUUGAAACCUUAAUAAAUAUCAUUAAAAAAAAAAAACAAGAGCAGAAAACUGGCAGCUGGACCUCUGGCCUCCCACUCACCCCAGCACUUGGGUUAGAGGAUGACAUCAGGAUGUCUUAGUUAGUCUGGUUCUGUUCACUUUCUUCCCACCCAGGUGCAGACCAUGGUGGAACGAAUAGAGCUCUACAACUACCUGCCUGCGAUCAUUGGCAGUGCCAUUGCGGGGCUUGUCCUUCUUGCUGUCAUUGCUGCAGUCCUCUACAAGGUGAGGCAGAGUUGCAGGGGGAAUCUAAUGAAAAGCGAAGGAGGGCUUAAUCCAGAUGUGGGGAAGGUUUGUAAGGCUUCUGAAUUUGGUCUGUGAGGCCAUUUUUGGCAAACCACACCCACCUGACAUAAGAUGUCAGGUUCACAUAUGUGUCAUAUUUAUUUGUUUAUACUGCAAUUUCAUUAAAAAAAAUUGAGGUGGUUUACAAUGUGUGUGUGUAUGUACACACACUUUUAAAAAAGGAAAACCACAGGUCAUCAACUAACUUUUACAGAAUAUGUUUUUCUUAAUUGUCUGCAUAAGCCUGGUGGCAAAGAAAAGUAUUCAGCAAAUCUUUAAAGGUUAAUAUAGAAGGUGCCUGUCAAAUUUCUACUGGGCUGGGCUGAUGACACUACUCAAUUUAACACUGAAUCAGGUGAGCCUCACCAGCUUGGGGGACAAACAAUGUGGCAACCAGCAAUGUGGUGCCCACAGGCAUCUACAGAAGCCUUCCCUAAUUCCAAAAUGAUCUGCUAUGCCUGCCCACCCCCACUGAAAUUAGGCUUAAAAGCAGCAGUUUAGUAUAGCCAAUAGAGUAGAUUGUGGUGUGUGUGUGUGUGUGCAGCCCAUGACAGUUUCUUUCAUUUGUAAAGGUCCCAAAAGGCUGGUGAUGCCUGCGUUUCUGUUUGUGAAGUGACAACAGAAAGCAUGUGCUUCUUGAGCAUGUUCAGAGUGCUUUCCUCUCCUCACUGGGGUAAUCCUAGGUGGGUGGGAGGCAAAUGGCUUCUGCUGCAAUCAAAGGGUAUGAUUUCCAUGCCAUAAUCUCAGAAAUAAAGCACUAUAUUUCUAGAAGAGUGAAAUGUAACAUUAUUAUUCUUUUUCACUUGCUCCCUGCUCCUUUCUUUCCUUCUAGGUUGGGUUCUUCAAGCGCCAAUAUAAGCAGAUGCUUACUGAGGCUGGGGCUGGUGAUGAAGCUGCAGAUCCCACCUCACAACCCACCCCUCAAGACCUAGACACCUCUCCUCCCAGCAAAGAAACUGUCUACUAAUAAACCUCCUGUUCCUCUGCGGCUUUUCAAUACUCUGGGGAAGGUAACCCUCAAAAGCCCAUUUUAAGGACAUAAGAAGAGCCUUCCAGGACCUGACCAAAUGUCUAGUUUCCCACAGUGGUCAUCCAGAUGCUUCUGAGACAAACAGGUCUUGGAGGCAAUAGAUUUCCCCCCAUUGUUGCUCCCUAGUGACUGGGAUUCAGAGGAUCCAUUGCAGCUCUUUGAUAGCCUUAUUUCCUGUGAAACCUCCCCCUCCUUUAAAAGACAUCUAAGCUCUUGACAAUCAUCAUGUAUUGUGACAUUUCUCCUUAACCAAAGAGAUUCUUCUUUUACCCCUUCAGCAGACUGGAUACAAAAAAGGACCACAGUAUUACAGUUUAUCCCCAGCAUAAUGUGCCACAUUUCUAGCUCAAAUUUACAUCUAAUUCUGUGGGCUGAUAGAAUUGGAAGGCGACUUCAAUUGUGCUGCAAAAAUGUCAUUGAGGAUGUCAAACUAGGAUUCUCUCGAACAAUUUUUCAUCCAAAGCCUAUUGAAAGGGGAGUAAUGGAGUCUUCAGUGUCCUUGAUAGCAUGUUUUCAUUUAGGCAGUACAAUGAUUAAGGGAAUUGAAAGCAGUGGUUGUAUUUGAAGCUGAGAAAUAUUAUGCUGGUACUGUGGGUUUUUGAGGGGAAAAGUAAGAGAUAGUGGUGUGGUCAAUUAGAGUUCGGGGAGAAACUUGGUUUGGUUUGCUGUUUCAUGUGAACCUACCAUAUUUUUCGCCCUAUAGGACGCACUUUUUCCCCUCCGAAAAUGAAGGGGGAAAGUGUGUGCAUCCUAUGGGGCGAAUGCAGGCUUUCGCUGAAGCCUGGAGAGCGAGAGGGGUU